AUGCCCGAGUGCAACCUCGUUGAUUUCAAUAUCUCAACGACAGAUGAGAAUUCAAGCCCAAUCUACACGCUACAAACCACCGAAUCCAACAGCCAUUUCGUGUUCGCCCCACUGAGGUUCAAGUCUGGUGUGAAGCAUCGAUUCGCCAUGGACACAGGAAGCAGCGAAUCUAUCCUACCGAAAUCAGCACUCACUGCGAUUCGUCCUAAUACUGUUCCAGCCCCGACUUCUGUGCGUGUUCAUGGGGUUACUGGCCAUCAGUUGCAAUUAUUUGGCGAAACGAUGUUGUGCGUUCAAUCUGAGUCCGGUGUGUUGAUCGCGAUCCGAUUCCUGGUAUCAGCCCACAGUCUGUCUAUUCUCGGCCUGCGAGCAAUGCGGCUCCUACAAGGAUCAAUCACACUGCAUACCAACAACGAUAAGCAAACCACCUCACAUCUUCUACAUUUGAUUGUACAAUGUUCCGGUAACGUUGGUGGCAUGAAGGUACCGUCGGUAAAGAUGAAAGUGGAUGAUAAACGUGUUUUCCUAAACCGACGCUUUCUCCCAUACGGUCAACGGGAAGGUGUCCUGAAAGCAUUACAGAAAAUGGAACAAGGUUGA